GCGUAGAUGUUUCUGAAAUCUAUGUUAUCGAUUCCUCUCAAUCUGUUUUUCUGCAGUGUUGAGGAACAAGUGGUGAGUCGUGCUCAUAGAAUGGGUGCAACCAAACCUGUGCAAGUGGAAGUGCUGGCAAUGAGUGGAACAAUCGAGGAACAGAUGCUGAACCUGCUACAGCAACCUCUUCGCAGCCAGGCAAAGAGUCAGAGAGAGUUACAGGAACUGACUACCCGUUGCAGCUGUCUAAUGAGAUUGGCGGCAGUUCGAAAGGCUUCCUUGUCUUCUCAAGCACAUGACAAGGCUAGGGCUGCUGUGUGCUUGACUGCCAUCAAGCGCAAGUACCACCAUAAUGGAUCACCUGCUUCAAAUACAUUGUGUGCUCCAGCUCCUUGUUCGCGUAGCUCGUCACCUACCAUGCUUGCCGCCGAGGAUAAGCAUGGAAAUGAGGUGGCGGUGUCUGCCACUUGCUCUACGGAUAUUCCGGUCUGCCGAUCGUCACCUCCCUUAGCGCAUCUUGCGUCAAGCGAAGAAGGAGACAGGUGCUUAGCAAGGAAUGGAGAUAGCCCAGCAAGAAAUGGAGAUGGGUCAGCAAGAAAUGGAGACGGCAGGAGCGCGAGGAUACGGUUUGAUUUGCAACGGGAGAAUGGCGCCGCAGCAAACCCUCAGGAACGAUCAUUGAGCGGCGACACGCAGGAUAUCUAUGUGACGCGUGGUGUGCUUGGACUGAGGAUGGCCGAAGAACUCGGGAAUGGCAACGGAGCCAUUUCAACGGAUGUGAUUGAUCUAACGGCGGAUGCAGAUCAUGCUAGACUCCACAAGCGUAUCAGGUACACUGACGAGCUCGAUUUGAGACGCGGGUAUGUUGGUGUGGAUAUCGUAAAGAACUGUUCCGACCAGCAGAAAUGCGACGGAACGGAGAACGAUGCAGAGAGCAGCGUAGACCGGCAGAAACGCGAUGGCGGGGUGGAGAAUGGUGCAGAGAGCAAGGUAUUGUUGUCCCAAGAGCUAUUACGUAACAGUGGUGAUGGAAUAGCAGGCAACAGUUGCGAGGUACUACUGUUUGAUGCGAAUAACUUGGCGGCAGGAGAUACCACGAAGACUACGGCGGACGGAAAUGACGAAGUUGUGUUUGUAGAGGAGAGGGCGAUGGUGCGGUGUCCAACAGUGGUUAACGGCAAGAUGGGUCUGAGAGCGUAUGGGAAGAUACGGGAGAAUGUGAAUCUAAUCGAUGACCAGAUCAGGCAGAACGAGGAUGUGAAAGGGUGUUUAUCUAAGGGUAAGGAGGCAAGGCAUGCCAUACCGAAGGGCAGGGUUAGAUUUGCUGACGAGGUGGACGGGGGAGGACCUCUGGUCACCGUGUUGAACCGGAAUAAAAAAUUAUUUAUGAAGAUUGAACCAGAAGACCUGAUGCCCAUGAAUACAGAAGCAACCACCUGUGCAGGUGGCGAUCCUCAGCAAAACACCCAUCUUCCUAGCAGGAGGACAUCGCCAACUGACCUGGAUUUUCACUUUUUGGAGGCGUAGCGUAGCGUAGCGUAGAAAAUCGCGUAUCUGAUCAAUGACGACAACAACAUUCAUGGAAAAUUUAACCCACGAGUGACAGAGAGAGCGACUGGAUGCGUUCGCAACGUGCAUGGACAUGUUGGAGGCAGAACAAGGAGCCUGGGAACCGAUAAUCUCUUGCACGUGUUCGAGGCAGAACAUUGGGCCUCGCUGCGCUGCACUGCACGACAUUCGAAAUGUGUCUGGAAUCUGGAUGCUUCGUGGUCCCGGUACAUUCAAAAUGCUGAACAGGUACGGAAUGUAUCUCGUCCAUAUUUCAUUGCAGAUGCAUGUGGAAUGUACAGUGGUCAAGCGAGGGGCAUAGAAUCUAGGAAACAAUAAACAACAGCGACUACAACAUUGUCAUGCGAAAUUGCAUGCAUGCUGCACCGUGCUGCUCCGAGAUACGAUGGGCAUGCGUGCAUGCUGCGCCGCAUGCUGUGCCGAAUUUACGAUUCCCAGGCUGUGGCGUUCGAGGAACGGUGGCCGGCAGGUUCGCAGGGAGCAAGAGCCUAACGAGGGCCCGUUGGAUGGGGGGAAUAAAGGCGAUGAAAUUAUACGAGGCUGGGUGGGCUCGUGGUAGCGGACGCAGAGGCCCUGCCCCGUCAGACUUCGCCCCCAUUGGACCUCUGUGCAUGCUGUGCCGUGGUGUGCCAUUUUCCGAGUCUCAGGCCGUGGAGGUAGGUCGGUGUCUGGCAUGUUUGCAGGGAGCAAGAGCAUAAUGAGCGCCCCUCGCAGAGGGCUCCGAUUCGAGUGGGGGUCCCUGCAAAUAACGAGCCCCCAUUUGAUGGGAGCAAAGGCAAAGAAAUUAUAUUUUGCUGUGCGCUAGCUAGGGUGCCCUCACAGAGGUUCUCCCCCCGCCAGAACCCCUCGCCAUUGCAACCUCCUCUGCGUCGUCUGAAACAGAGUUCUGUUUGUACCAUUAUUACCCUAAUAACAGUAACAAAUGAUUUUUUUUCAAAUUUUGGUCACUCGGAGGCAAAUUUCGAUUGUCCCCGCAAGGACAAAGAUUCAUGAAGUAUUCAAUUCUGCAGAAGGAAACACCUCCUGGUGUUGGAGGUACGAUUGGGAGGAGGAGGUGGUGGAAUGAAGGGAGGAAGUGGUUUUCUACCUGCUUUCGAGUGUUGGGUAGAAUGGCCUGCGUUGGAGUUCUACUGUGCUCCUGCUUAGUGUGGUAGUUGUGCAGGGGCAAUAACGCCUCCUGCUGUUGGAGGUAGGAUUGGGAGGAGGAGGUGGUGGAAUGAAGGAAGGAAGUGGUUUUCUACCCUGCUUAGGAGUUGCGGGUAGAAUGCCCUGCGUUGGAGUUCUACUGUGCUCCCGCUUACUGUGGUAGUUGUGCAGGGGGGGAUCACUGGGAAUAGCCAGCCCUUGGUGGGCAAUAACACCUGCUGUUACCGCAGUAACAAAUCGAUAACAUAGAUUUCAGAAACAUCUGUAUUGCUCUGUUCACUGUUUUAACGGAGUUGUUCAUCAUGUUUCCCCGUAUCGCUUACUGUGGACACAGUUUUCUAACACUAACAUACGCGUCUAAACAUUAACAAACGCGUCUUAACAAU